UACUGUGUGAGCUGUGAUUGGUCACAGCUUGUCACAUGGUACAAGGCUGUUGUGAAUAGCCUUGUACCAUGUGACCUCUGUGAUCAUUCACAGAUUUCACACGUAGUAAGCAAUGAUGUCAGAAGUGACAUCUUGCUUACUACUCUGCAUGUGAUCACUGAUUGGCCAAUCAGUGAGCACAUGAUCGGGACCUCGCACAGAGGUCCCGUACGACGAUCGGUGCUCCACUGCGUCCGGAGGACACAGCGGGCACCGGAUCGCGGUGCUGCG